UGUACUGUACAUACACACGUCGACCGCGCGGCACAUGACGCUCAAAGGAGGAGAGCUCGACUCGACAUGGCGCUCUCUCGCUCGCUUAUGCUCAGCCGCAGACAGACGGAUGGGCUCGAGGACGUGCUUGGGCUUACCAUAGCCAUGGCGCCCGCCUGCCCGCGUCCCGCUGCCCUUCGAGGGCCGUGCUGGCGUGUCGUGGCGAGGGAAGAUGGUGCUGGGCGGCAUCCGUGCGCGCGUCUUGCCUACCUACCUACCCUCUCUCUCUCUCUCUCGGCCUUCCUCUUCUACCCAUAUAAACUCGUCGUCUGCUCGCUCUCGCUUUCGCGCCUGUCUAGCCCCCCCGUGGUGCAACCAUCCCGCCUGCCCGUCGCCGGCAUAUACCGCUCGCCUUACUUACAUACCUAUACCUACCUACCACCCGCGCUCCCCACUAGGUUGUUAGCAGACGGCUGGACCGCCGCCGCCGCUGCCGCCGCCCCCGCCCCCGUCCACUCUUCCGCUUUCCAUAUAUAUCUGCCUUAGCUCCUACCUGCUCCGGGUCCAAUUUGGAACAACAACAACAACAACGGCACCAGCUCCCGCGCCCCCAACACACCCACGCCUGCGCCACACCCUCCCGCACCGCCUCUGCUGCUGCUGCACCACCUGGUGAUCGCGCCUCGCCGCCCCGCCCACCGACCCAUGCGCUGCCUCGUCUGGUUCCCGUC